UAUACAUUGAAUAUGUCUCUUCCUUUUCUUUUUUUCCUUUGAAAAACACCACACUAUAAGACUAUGUCAGAACCAGCCAUCCCCAAGGAAAUCAUUUUGACUGGAUUGAUACUUUUAAAGAAGAAAAAUAGCAAUGAUAAUGAUCUUGAGGAUGUGGAGUUAUUUGUGACAAGAUACAAGCCGGAGCGACUGGAUGCUUUAUGUAAAACCACCAAGUUCACUCGAAAAGAAAUUCGGCUGAUGUACCAAGGCUUUAAGCAAGAGUGUCCAACCGGAGUGGUCACCGAAGAUACCUUUAAAGAUAUUUUUGCCCAAUUUUUUCCCCAAGGAGAUUCUACUCAAUAUGCCCACUAUGUGUUUAAAUCCUUCAAGCAAGCUCACGGUGGCACCAUCAAUUUUGAGCAGUUCCUCAAUAUUCUCUCUGUCCUGUCGAGAGGUAGUGUCGUUGACAAGCUGCAGUGGAUCUUUGGCCUGUACGACAUCAACGGCGACGGAUACAUUACCAAACAAGAGAUGCUCAAUAUUGUGAGUGCCAUUUACGACAUGUUGGGACACUACACUGAUCCAGCAGUGACAGAACAUUCGGCAAGAGAGCACGUCGAAAAAAUUUUUCAUCAAAUUGAUUCGAAUAAAGACGGAGUAGUAACAAUGGAUGAAUUCAUGGAGUGGUGCCAGAAAGAUGAAUUGAGAACAAAGAGUCUCUUCAUGCUGGACACCAUCUUGUGACCCAUGGCUUCGUCGAACACUUGACAAAGAGUUCACCAAACCCGAGUGGCGAAUACAUCGGAAAUAUUCCAUCUGUGUUUAUCCUAUUCCUCGUACAAAUUACCUAUUUAGCGGGCCUCCUUUAGCCAACAGAAAAAAAAGAUGGUCUGAAAGGGUUGAAUAUCGAUGUGAUUUUAUUCUUCUGUUACCUUCAAAGAGUCACUUGCGCUGAACUUUAUUUUUAAAAAAAACUCUUUGUUGAAAAUAAUCUCUUAAAAACUUUUGAAUGUCGAAAUGCAGAUGUUAUGAUGCAAAUGAAUAUGUCUAUAUAUGAUAAUUUAAUUCUUCCAAUUCUCGACUUAUUCCGAAGUUUUCUCAGUAAUUUUCGAAGAACAUUCAGGUUAAAAAAAGUGUAGAAUUUACACACUUCUCUGAUUUCUGUUGUAUUGACAGCAUUUGCUUAAUUUGCUUCAUUUUUAAUGAUUCUUAAGUAAAAUGUGUAAUUUUGACGAUAUCAAAGAUAAUCAGAAAAUAAUAUUUCCUAGAGAUUUCAUUCCGAUCAACUCAAAAUUGUUCAGGUAUACAUAUAGAGGAUAAGAUUGUAAAAUAUAUGUAUGAUUAUUUAAAUGAAUGAUGUUUGCAGUAAUUAUGUAAUUUAUUUACUGAAAAUUACGAUAAAUAUCAAACGUCUAAAUAAUUUUUUAAAACUCAAAACAGACAUAGCACAUGAAAUCUUCACAAGAUUUUUCAAUAAUACAAAAUCUCUUCACAGGAAUCUGAUUCAAAAAAUUAAUAAAAAAUAAAUAACAACAUUAAUUAUAAGGCUAUUAAUAAUGCAAAACCAUAAAUUUUCUUGAAUUUUUUAAAAACAUUCUGAUUGUGUCGUCCUAAUGAAUUUAGCAGUAAUUAAAUUUGUCUUCAUAUCUCACUUUUACAAUUACUGUUCGAUCAUUUGCUAAGACAGAAUCCUUUGUCAGGCUAGACUUAGUGAUAUAUUGAUCGAUAAAUGAAUGUCUUCCCAAUGUUUAGCAAUUUCUAUAAAAAUUCAGAAUGAUAAAAAGAACAUGUGUCUAUUUACUUUUCUGUUUAUUUAUUUAUUUAUUAUGUUUUGUGAAGGAAAAAAUCUAAGUGUUUCAAAAGGAUUUCAAAAAUUUAUAUUCCUUUUUCAUUUCUAAAAUAAAAAUAGAUGACCAUUUGUCACCCAACUUACAAUAUUUAAAGAGUUUUCAUGUGCAGCUAAUAAUCAUGACUUAAAACAUUCUUAUAGUAUCAUCUGCGAAUAAAAUACCGAGUUCGUAUGGCUCCAUUUUGCUAGUUUCGAGUCAAUCGAAAACUGCUAGUACUUAAAAAAUUAGCCAGUACUUAUCACAGUUCUGAGAAUCAAUAUAAAUUAUUCUAAAUACAAAAAAAUGCUUAUUACUUCACAUAUUACAUAUGGAUAUUGACGAUUUGUUACUUAAACACCUUAUACAUUCAGUAGUUAACAUUUACUCUAAUAGUAUCAAGUAAUUCAACUAGUCUACUACCAAAUGCUUAUUCAUUUAUGAUACAUCAUUAAUGCGAAAGAGUUUCAAGUUUUUGUUGCUUUUCAAAAGGAAAAUUUUUGAUUUACAAAUGUUAAAAAGUUGUUCGAGGGAAACAUUGAUAAAAUAUGAGAGCUGUUGUUUAUUUUUUUAAAAAAAAUAUUAUCCAUACAAAAACAAAGAAAAUAAAUAUACAAUCAUUGUUGAGGUGACAGUGCACACAUCUUUACAGCAUAGACACGUAAAUAUACAAAUCUUGAACAUUUUUAAUGAUAUCUUUUCAUAAUCUUUAAAGAAAACAGGUUAGGGUAAUAAAAAUUCUAUUGUACAAAGCAAAAAAAGAAACUUUUUGAUUGAAUGGACUCGAUUUAUGCUCACGUGAUACACAUCAACUUCGCCUAUAAUUUAUUUUUUUAAAUAUUUUUUAUUAAAUGCUUUUAAUACUAUUUUUCUUCUAACCGAAAAUUACAUUUUAGAGGACAAAUGUAUUUAUUUUUUGUGGGAUUUAUUAUUUGUGACGUCACAUAAAUUGAUUCCAUUGCUGUACUCUUAUUUAAAUGGACAGCAAAGAAACACGCACUCUCGUAUUAUCAAAUAAUAUUUCAUGACUAUUCAAAACUCAUAAUACAUUAAAAACGCAGAAUGUUUCAAAAUGUAAUUGUUGAACUAAGUUUGUGUACUGUAGUGAUACUUAUCUACAAAAUGAAGUGUGUCAAAUGAAUUCGCUUUUAAUACCUUCUAUUUUAAUAAUAAAUGCUAAUACUCUUAGAAUAUGCACCAGGUUCGACAACAACACGAUACCCUUUUUCAUUUUUUUCUUGUGGACAGUUAUAUCAAAAGAAAUUAAUGACUUUUUUGUGGUUUGUAUUAUUAAAUUGAUUUAGGCAAAAAAUAUGACCAUUAUUUUAACAUUUUUUUAAAUUGAAAUUUUUGAAGAAUUUUUAAAGCUUCUAUAAAAGAUUUAAUGUUUAAUAUUUUUAUCAUUUUAACUGAUUUUUAUUUCUUUGAUUAUUGGCAGUAAAAGUGCAUGGGAAAUCGCGGAUGUGAAUCUCCGAAAAUUUUAACUAUUACUUUUUCCUGCUAAACCUGGAAAAAAAGCAUUUAAUUCUCAAUAGAAGAAUGAAUAAGAAACAAUAAAACAUUAAACUGUAAAGCUUCUGAGUAAUGUGUGUGUGCGGGGGGGGGGGUGAAAAGUCCUGAAAGAAAUUUUUUUUAAAAAAAAUGCCGAACAUAAUUAUUUGAAUAGCGAAAGAUAGCCAUUUAACUUACGUAAUUUACUUAUUUAUUCAAAAAAAAAAGAUUCAUUUAAUUAACUUUAAGAAAGGAAAAUUUCUUCAAAAUGAAAAAAAACUAAACUUAUCACAUCCCAACAAUUUGACACAACACUCAGAAAACUUUAAACACCUUUAAAACUUUACAGAUAUGAAACCUUAAAUUUGGAGUCAAGGUUCCCAAAUAUAUGUACCAUCGAGAAAUGCAUUAAAAAAUCGAUACUUUUGUCAAUUUUAGGGUACAGUGUAGCUUUAAAAUAAAAAUUUGAAACUAACAUUCGCCUUCCGUGCUAUGCUUUGUGUUUGUUUUCUCUUAAUCCAGUCAACAUAAUGUAAUACUGUCAAGCUUAAUAAAUUUGUAUAAUUGUUGUUCAAGCAUCCAUUCAUUUAAAAGCUAUGCAUGUACUAUAUGUUUAUCUUCAGUCUCUAUAUGUUUACUUGUAUAUUACAUGUGAAUAUGAAUUCUUUUACCUCUCAGGCCACCUUUGCAUAACAGAUUUCCUUUACAUAACAUUCCAUGAUGUAUUUGUGAGAUCCCCGACUAAUGUUGUGAUGAGCUUUAAAUUAACUUGCACUUAAAAUGUGAUUUAAAAGUUGUGCAUGCACCAAAUGUUGUUCAGUGUUUCGAAGUAAUGUAGUAUUGUUAUCCAACAAAUGAAAAUGAUAUAAGAAUGGUCUAUAUUUUUGAGAUGAAUUACUUCUGAUGUGCAUAAAUGCGAGUAUUAUCACUGUAACUUUUGAUGUUAUUCGCAAAUAGUACGCAAUAUAGACAAAUGUAAUUUGUUGUGUUAAAAAAAGAUCAAAUUUUAAGUUGCAUUCUUUAAAAAUGAAGAGAUAAAGAUAUUCUGGAAGAAAUAUGUUUAUGUUUUCACGAAAGCAGUUCAUCUGGAAUGUAAAAAUAUACUUUACAUAUUUUAUAACAGAAAAUAUAAGAUUUUAU